AUGUCUGGGCAGUUUAUUGUUGGGAUGCAGCUUCAUCCUCAGCAGAGCACCAAGGCUAUAAGAUUGCGUUGUGGUGUCUUCAUCCAUGUCCACAUACCUAAGGAUAUUGUUCCAAAGUAUAAGAACAUAUUCAAAGAGGGUAAAGUGUAUGCCAUUAGAAGCUUUCUAUGCAUCACUAAUUUCUUCAAAUAUAAAACAAGCAGUUACCGUUACCUGAUCAAAUUCAAACAUGAUACUCUGGUGAAGGAGUACAAGCGUGUUAAUUUCCCAAAAACAAUGUUUUGCUUCAAAAGUUUUGAAGCCAUACUUUCAAAGCAAGGAAUUGAUGAGAAAGUGUUGAUAGAUGUGAUUGGUCGUAUUGUGGAGAUAUAUUCACCACUGGAGAAGACAAUAGCGGGGAAAAAGAGUAGGCUUAUUGACUUUGUGCUUGAAGACUCUUGUAAGAAGCAAAUUAAGUGUACACUGUGGGACGAGCAUGUGGAUCAAGUAACUCCUUACUUCCACUCAGUUGCUAAUGAUCCAGUCAUUGUUUUGAUUCAGUUGUGCCGACCUAAAUUCAUGGACAAUGGUGAAGUACGUAUCUGCAGCUCCUUUGGUGCUACUCAGCUUUUUUUCUCACACUCUUGCAAAGAGUUUCGUGAGUUAAGGAGCAGCUAUAACAGUGACCAUACACCUUUACGGUGUAUAGAUUCUGAAUCAAGGCUAUCUGAUACUUAUCUUGGGCGUGCUGCGCGCGCUAAUGAUGUGCUGAUUACUUCUAUUCAAGAUAUAUACUCCAAAAAACAACUAGGGGAGUAUUGGGUGGCAGGACGAAUUGUGGAUGUAGAGAGUUUAAGUGACUGGCAUUACAUCUCUUGCAAGAGUAAUUCUUGCAGGAGAAAGGUUGCUGCUGAUGGUGGUAUGAUGUACUGUGGUGGCUGUAAAAGUUCCUGGCAUGAGGGAGUUGUGAGAUAUAGGGUGAUUAUACGUGUGGCUGAUCAAACUGGGGAUGCUCCUAUGCUUUUAUGGGAUCGUGAGUGUGCAGAGUUGGUAGGUGUUUUAGCUGGUGAUUUAAAAGCUAAGUAUCCAAAGGGGAAUAAGUGUAUUCCACCUGAGCUAGGUUGUUUGCGGGACAUGUCUAUGUUGUUUCGUGUUGCUAUGAAGAAGGAGCAGAAUAGAGAGUUACUAUUCUUCUUUCACAGUCCUAAGGAUUUGUAGGGAUGAAGCAGUGCUUACACAGCACUGCUUAGGUCUUUCAGUUGCCAGUUUAGAACCAGAAAAUGGUUCUGUUCAUGAAAAUGGUUUUCAGGAUGGGGAUGCAGAUGGUGAUGCAUGUUCAGAGGUAUUUCUGUAAAUUAUGUUUUGGUUAAUUUUUAAAAAAUAGUUUUAUUUAUUGUCCCUAAGCAUAUUUUGUUUAGGAAUUCUAUGGUAGUGAUGAUGAAGACUGUGUUGUGGUGAAGGAUGGGUCUCAAGGUUUAUCUAUGGACAAAUUUGCUGGCUUGGAUGAGAUUGAAGAUGGUUUAGGUGUUGGUGCUAAUGAUGUUCCUCUCAAGAGGUCUUUGUUUAAAGACUUUGAGAAUGUUGGUACAUCGAAGAAGGCUAAGGAAGUGGUGGUGAAGAAAGAAAAGUAGUCAAGAAAAGUUUUUGCUGGUUUUGGUUUUUGUUGGUUAGGGCUAAAAAUGUGCAUAGGCUGCAAUUUACUGCUACCAAGUAGAUCCAUUCUACUUUCCUGAUUUGCUCUUAGUUUUGUGAAAGCUGCAUUAGCAGCAUAGCCUAAUGUACUUAGCUUUAGCAGUAGCAGUUAAUGUUUCUUAGUAGUGUACUAAGCCUUCUAAUGUGUACUAAGCCUUCUAUGCUACUUAUGAUUAUAAAGUCAUAUUUGCAAUUACUCUAUUAAUCUAGAUAGAG